AUGGGCAGUCACAAGUUUGCAGCCUGCCUCAUAUUCUAUCAUCUCACUCAAAGUGUCUGGACAUCACCUCAAGAGACAUUCGCCCCGACACCGACGGUUGAAGCGCAAGCAAUCAAAUUGCAAGAGCUCGGAAUACAGAACCUUGACAAUGUCGACUGGAAAAAGUUUUGGAAGCAUGUCCCCGCCCGUCUACCGGAUUUCGAGGUAUUAUGUGGCUUUGGGGAGGGUGAUCCAAAGAAAGUACCAAGAACAGUCGCACAAGAAAACGUCAAAACCUUUUGCGGUGACAAGAAAGGAAAGGGGGUAACCAUCGGUCACCCACUGGAUGGGCUCUUCGAUUUCGACGAUAACAACACUCUCAAUAUCACCUUCCGUCAGAGCCCUGACUGUGGAGAGUUCAACGACCUAGUGUUAGAUGAGGGUGAUUGCGUUGCCAAUCUCAAUGGUCCUAUCGAUGAGUGCGACGAGAACAGCUCUGACAUUCCGGGCGGCACGGCCAAAGAUGGAUGCUUUAUAUACAUCCUACAUCCGCAAAACAAACCAGCACCAACCCAAGAGCCUCGACCGUCACCGACACCGUCACCGACACCAGAGCCACCGCAAGGCGACCCGAAGAGCCUACAGAUAAUCUACGAAACUUUCAUCAGUACGGGAGCAGAGGAAUGGCAAGCUUGGACAUUUUUUGAGGGCGAACAGGGCACGGCCGUAGAUCCAUGCGCUGAAAACCAUAUCAAACAGGAUAAAACAGCACCGGGGGCAACAGGAUACGAUACCCCAUUCAUACAGGGCGAAUGGAACUUGCGGUUUGCAGGAUACGCCGAAGACUGUAUCUUCCAGGGAAUUGGUAGAAGAGGCGAAAAUGGAGACGUUGGUUGGCUCCACUGCCCUGAAAGGCGUGCAAUUAUGUGUCUUGAAGACCCGAAGAGAGGUGGGGGUAAGGACGCUUGGAAGAACUGUGAAAAGGGGGAAUGGAGUGACGACCGUAUCCCAAUGGCUUACUGUGAUUGGUCUUAG